AUGGGAGAGUCCGAGCUUGCCGCUGUCUUGAACCGAAGGCGGCAGGAGGUGGACACACGGGGGAAUUUGUACGUCAAGGACCGCGCGGGCCAUGCCGACGCCGUGUGGUAUGAGCGCAUCGAGGGCCAGUUCAGUCCUCGGUCCUCCGACCGGAACUCUGCGAUCAGCCGCCUCACAAGCAUCAGCCGAAUGAACAGCCGGGAGCCCUCCCCGAGUGCGCCCGUCGUGCGGCCCACGCUGACGCGGCGCGCCUCGGAAGCCCCGCCCUUGGAGAACGACCGGGUGCGGAGGAGCUUCCCACGGCGGGCCUCCACGGGCGCGGCCUUGAAGGCGCCGGUGAGACCUAUGAACUCCAGGAACUGCUCCCCAGUGCGGAGUCCAAGCGAGGCGACGCCCCAGGCGACGCCCCGGUCCCCUCAGAGGACGCCUCAGACGACACCUCAGACAACCCCGCGGUCAUCAACUCCCAGGGGUUCGGCGAAGGCAAAGGCGAAGGCAGGCUCUGGCCCCAGCGAGGUUCGGGCCUCGAGGCUCAGCCAGGAGGAACCUGCUGCAUCUAUACGAUCUGACAGUGUCGCAACAGCAAGCACCAUCAGUUGUGAGGCAGCAUCUUCAAGCAAGCCAACCUGUGCAGGAGGGCCUAUGCCUGCGCCGGAGAACCCGCCGGAGAAACCGCCAGGCGUGCCGGAUGCGACACACCAACUGGAGCAGCUUGCGAACAUGCCGGAGAAGGGAUCAGGCACUAGCUCUACCUCGCCCUCCUCGCCCAGCAGCCGAGAAAGCUCGAAGCAAGCGACUGGUGUGCCAGUUGUGGUACCGCCAGCGGAGCAGUCUCAGCAGUCAGGCUCCGGAAAUACUCCUAGCAAGGGAGCAGGUCCACAUGAGACGGUGCCAGAGCAUCUGAUGAAGCGGAGACUGUCAGGUUCGGGCCCCUUGCCGCAACUGUCGAGCACCCCAGGCAUCACCCCUUCCUGCGCACAAGGGCAACCACAAGAGCAGGCCGUGCCGGAGAAGCGGUCAGGUGCUGGCAUUUUGCCGAGGAGCAACUCAGGCGUGCCACACGUGGCACCACCCGAACAGCCUGCGCCAGCAGAGAAGCUGUCAGGCCCCAACACUCCUCCCCGGACGGGCAGACAAGGCGUGCAACAUGUGCUGCCACAAGAGCAGCCUGCGCCAGCGCCAGCUAGCUGGGAGCAUUGCUCAGGCCCCAGCACUCCUCCCCUGACGAGCAGACAAGGCAUCCAGCAUGGGCCACCAGAGCAGCCUGCGCCGAGCGAGGAGAAUGGAUCAGGCGUCCCACCUUCCGAGCAGCCUGCGCCAGAGAAGCGGUCAGGCUCCAGCACUCUUCCACCGACUGGCAGACAAGGCGUGCCUUCAGCACAGCCUGCGCCUGCGCCAGAGAAUGGGUCAGGCCCCAGCACUCCGCCUCAGACGAGCAGACAAGGCGCCAGCACUCUUCCCCCGACUGGCAGACAAGGCGUGCCUUCAGCACAGCCUGCACCGGCGCCAGAGAAUGGGUCAGGCCCCAGCACUCCGCCUCAGACGAGCAGACAAGGCGCCAGCACUCUUCCCCCGACUGGCAGACAAGGCGUGCCUUCAGCACAGCCUGCACCGGCGCCAGAGAAUGGGUCAGGCCCCAGCACUCCGCCUCAGACGAGCAGACAAGGCGCCAGCACUCUUCCCCCGACUGGCAGACAAGGCGUGUCACAUGGUGUACGACCAGCAGAGCAGCCUGUGCCAGCGCCACAGAAGCAGUCAGGCCCCAGUACUCCUCAGACGAGCAGACAAGGCGUGCAAGAUGUAGUGCCACCAGAGCAGCCUGCGCCAGCUCCGGAGAUUGGGUCAGGCGUACCUUGCGUUGUACCACUAGCAGAGCAGCCGGCACCAGCGCCGGAGAUAGCAUCAGGUGCCGGCGCUCCGACUUUGCCCAUCAAGAGAGGUCCACGUGUGAUGCUGCCAGAAGAGCAGCCACCGCCGCCGGAGAUACCAUCAGGUCUGCUACAUGCGAUACCGCCAGCAGAGCAGCCGACGGCAGCCCCGGAGAUGCGGUCAGGUGUGACAAUGACGCCCGAUUGCUCGCAGCCAAAGCCGCCUCAACAAGAAAGCUGCUUCAGGCUUGGAGGAGGACAAUGA